AUGUCUUACAUUCCAACCGUGAGCGUCAGCAGCGCGGCUGCAGCCGCUAAUAUGAGUUCCGCAGCAAACAUGGCUGCCGCAGCCUAUUUCAAGAACGGUGGCUAUGGUAAUCCGCAUAUGCCCGGAGCGGCCGCUUUGGGUUUCACCACUCCGAGCGCACAUAAUUUUCUGCCAGCUGGCAUGGGCUACAUCGGUGGCUCAUUGGCCGAUUGUCAAACUGCUAGCAUGGCCGCAUGGAAU